CGUCGUCGUCGUCGUCGUGGUCGUCGUUGUCUUCUUCUUCGUCAUCAUCAUAUAACUUUUACGUUACUUUCAACGCCGUUUUGCUGCAGUUUUCACGUACGCUGCCCGGCCGUGCAACUGUAGCCGUAUCCGUAUCCGUGUCGGUGUACUUGUGUGUGGGCGUGUGAGCCUGUCUGUAUUUGUGUGUGUGUGUGUAUGUGUGGCAGCUACCCUGUGCGUGCGUAAUUGGCGCCCAUUUGUUUGCAGGCCGCAACGCGUCGACAGCCCCCAAUACCAAUCGCAAUCGUAGUCCAGCCUUUCAGUUGGAUGCUGCUAACGCGUCUGACGUGCCAAACGCGUGUGACGUGCGAAUUAACUGGCCGCCAAGUCGAUUGCACGCUAAUUUGAAUGCCAAUCGAAGGCAGACAGACGGAAAGUCAGAGGGACGGAGAGACUGAGAGACGUAGAGACACUCGACGUUAGUUUUACGUGCGUGCUGCGACGUGCGGGUCGAAGGAUAAUUGAAGGAAGCAACCGACACGUACGCGUGCUCCGCCAGACAACACAGACAAAGGAUGCGUCGUUGACCUGCUGCCCGAAAAGUGUGUCAAAAAUAAAUAGAAAAGAAAAGCCCCAAGUGCAAUAGUCCCCAUCUCCAUCUCCAUCUCCAUCUCUAUCUAUAUCUGUGUCCAUAUAUCGCAAACAUGUGCCAGUGCUAGUUAAGAGAAACGCUAAGAGUCAAGUGCAAAGGGGCCAGAGGCAAGAGUGAAGCUGAACUCAAGUGCUAUAAUGUUGCCCUACCAGGCCGUGGCCAUGGACUACGCCGGCUACCAGCGCCAGCCGACGCCCGGCCAUCCCGGCGGCCACAUGGUCGGCUCCCUGGGCAUGCCCGCCGUGCCGUUCACCCACUCCUGGAUGGUGCCCACGCAGGACCUUUGCGGCAUGUCGCCCUACAACAAAAUGCCCAACCAGCAUCAGCCGGGCGCGCCCGGCAUGCACGGACAACAGCAACCCAUCGAACCAGGCAUUCUGGAGCUGCGCAAGGAGAAGUCGAGGGACGCGGCCAGAUCGCGGCGCGGCAAGGAGAACUACGAGUUCUAUGAGCUGGCCAAAAUGCUGCCGCUGCCAGCAGCCAUAACCAGCCAGCUGGACAAGGCCUCCAUAAUAAGACUGACCAUUAGCUACUUGAAACUGAGAGACUUUUCCGGGCACGGCGAUCCGCCAUGGACCCGAGAGGCGUCCAGCAGCAGCAAGCUAAAAAGUGCAGCCAUACGACGCAGUCCCGCGGUUGAUUUGUUCGAGCAACAUCAGGGCACCCACAUACUACAGUCGCUGGAUGGCUUCGCUUUGGCGGUGGCAGCGGAUGGACGCUUCCUGUACAUAUCGGAAACGGUGUCCAUCUAUUUGGGCCUCUCGCAGGUGGAGAUGACGGGCAGCAGCAUAUUCGACUACAUCCACCAGGCGGACCAUGCGGAGAUCGCCGACCAGCUGGGCCUGAGCCUCACCAGUGGCGGCGCCGGCGGCGGCGGCAGUGUGGGAGCUGGCGGCGGCGGCGGCAGUGGUGCGGCUGGCCUGGCCUCACCCACGUCGGGCGCCUCGGACGACGGCAGCGGCACACACGGUACGAACAAUCCAGACGUUGCCGCCUCCAUGACGCAGGCCUCGACGAGCGGCUACAAGGGCUACGAUCGCAGCUUCUGCGUGCGGAUGAAGUCGACGCUGACCAAGCGCGGAUGCCACUUCAAGUCCUCCGGCUACCGGGCGAGCGAUGCAACCAGCAAUUGCAGCGGUAGCAAUACAAAUGGUAAAAAUGUUAAGAAUCCGGCCUCGAACUAUUCGGUGGUGCUGCUGCUCUGCAAGCUGCGUCCGCAGUACACCUUCUCGCACACGCGCAAGGCGCAGCCUCCGCUGCUGGGCAUGGUCGCCCUGGCCAUUGCGCUGCCGCCGCCCUCGGUGCACGAGAUACGCUUGGAGUGCGACAUGUUUGUGACGCGCGUCAACUUUGAUCUGCGCGUGGCGCACUGCGAGCCCAGAGUAUCGGACCUGUUGGACUACACGCCCGAGGAUCUGGUCAACAAGAGUCUCUACUGCCUCUGCCAUGCCGAGGAUGCGAAUCGCCUGCGCAAGAGCCACACAGAUCUGAUCGAGAAGGGGCAGGUCCUGACUGGCUACUACAGACUGAUGAACAAGAACGGCGGCUACACCUGGCUCCAGACCUGCGCCACAGUCGUCUGCAGCACCAAAAAUGCCGACGAGCAGAACAUCAUUUGCGUCAACUACGUUAUAAGCAAUCGUGAGAAUGAGAAUCUGAUCUUGGACUGCUGCCAGCUGGAGCCGAGUGUGGACAGCAUCAAGCACGAGGAGGGGCUGGGCAACGACAAGAGCAGCGGCUCGCCUGGCGGCGAUGCCUCGGGCGAGGGCAAUGCCCACUUGAGUGGCGACAUGAAGCUGGGGCUCGGCUCGCCCAAGACCGACGCAGAGGGCCACACGCAGCGGGGCAGGGGGCGGAAUGCGGCGCAUGGCAGCAACCUGAACAGCAGCCUGGCGCUGAUCAAGGACUCGCCCACGCCGCUGGGCGUCGAGGUGGACGGCGUGCUGCCUGUGACGAUGUCUGCCACGCCCACGCCCACACCGACGCCCACCGGCAGCGCGCCGAGCAGCAAGCGCAAGCGCAAGAGCAAAGCGGCGCAGCAGGCGGAGGAGCAGCAAGCGGAUCAGCAACAGGUGGGCCAGGUGGGUCAGCUGCAGGCAGAGCAGCAGCAGCAGCAACCGCUGAGCAAGCUGCCCGCCCUGGAGCAGCAGCGAGAGCCGCGCAGCCGCCUGCCCUCCAUGGUGGAGGACGUGCAGCCAGCUGCCUCGGCCGACUCGGCUGUCAAGGACCUGGAGCACGCCAUGUCGAAGCACCUGCCCUCGCCCAGCAACAACAACAACAACAACCAGCCCAGCACAGACUUCAGCACGGACGCGCUGAUCAAGCAGCAGCAGCAGCAGCAGGCGCAGCAGCAGCUCCACGCCGGAGAUGCCAACGAGAAGAGCAGCACGAUCCAGUGGAUCGGCACGCCCUACCAGCAGCCCGCCCCGAUGCCGGCCACGGCGCUGCUGCGCCAGCUGUACGCGAAUCGCGAGAGCGUGAUACGCGCCACAGCCAGGCAGACGCCCACUGGAGUGGGCGUGCCCGGCGUGUUCUACGGCGAGCAGCAGGGCGGGCCGCUGCCCACGCCGCCGGGCAGCGAGUCCUCCUAUGAGAACCAGUAUCUGCAGCUGCACUCGGCGGCGGCAGCUGCCUCCGUGCCGCAUCCUGUGGGCCAGAAGAGCGGCAACUCGGCAGACGCAUUCACCAACCUGGUGUCGACCUACGGCGGCUACCACAGCUCCAUUGACUACCACAACGCCAUGACGCCGCCCAGCUCCGUGUCGCCGCGCGACUCCAACAACUCGGCCAAGCUGCCCUCGGCGGCCGCGCCGCCCGGCCUCCUGGUGGGCUCCAAUGCCGGCUACGACUACGCCGACCCCUUGCGCGGCCAAUACGCCACGCCCGUGGACGGCUCGGCGGGCGCCACGUUGCCCCUGAAGCCGCAGGCCUACACGGCGGGCAUGCACCCGCACGCCACGACCACGACGGAGGGCGGCGUCACCUACAGCAACCUGGACCAGCCGCAAUACUUCGCGCCCCACUCGAGCUUCCACCUGUACCACAAGGGCAGCCCGGCGAGUGCCUGGUACUCCACGCCCUCCUAGGCGAGGCGCGACUGCCAGCAGCAGCAGCAGCAGCAGCAGGAGGAGGAGGAGCUGCAGCAGCACCAGCAGCAGGCACAGCGCUGGGACUUUGUUGGCGCCCUAGGCAAGGUGGCGCGAAUGUUCUUCAAUGCGCGCAAGGGCAACCACAACUGAGCCACUGCACCACUCGCACCACCAAGUGCCAGCAGCUGCUGCGAGGAACAGAGAAGGCGUGAAAAGUUUGC